AUGGCACUGGUCGGUGAUGCGACGAAUGGGUGGUUAGAUGCGAUGAAGCGCUCUCUUUCGUACAAGUCCCCCAGGCUACCCAAGGAUCAAGGCAGCAGCAUUACCGUACCCCGGCAGACCAUUGGCUGCGUAAGGGUACCAGCUCUACCGGUACAUCAAUCUCGCACGACGAAACUCGCCAACAUCGUGAACACGGUGAACACCAUAUCAAAGUUUGUUGACCGGACACGGAGAUGCGGUGCGGAGGCCUUGAUCACCGACUGUGUUGGGCGGAAAGGCAUCGGACAUGCUGAAUCAAGUUUCACAAAGGGAUCGCGCAAACAAACGUCUGAUCAAGAACUGUCACGUAGAUACAUGCUUUGUGCGUUGCCAACAAUGGCGACCUCAGAUUCACCUCCCGAUACCAAAACUCCCCUCAACAUCCUUAUCAUCGGCGCAGGCGUGUGCGGUCCAGCCUUUGCCCUGAUGCUCAUGAAGUCUAAUCCCUCUCACACCAUUACCAUCGUUGAACGUUUUCCCACCCUUCGCACUGGAGGGCAACAAAUCGACCUGGAGAGCCAAGAUAUACCCAUCACUAAAAAGCUUGGGCUUUUGGACACCGUUGCUAGCUACUGCGUCAAAGAGACGGGCAUGAAUAUCGUCGGCAAGAAUGGAAAGUGCGUGAUGGAUUUUGGUAUAACGGCUGCCGGUGAAAAUGCAACAAGGUAA